AUGCUCCUUAAGCCAAAGUAUGGCCGCUUUCGCAAUGAGUCUGUGACCUCCUCCGACGACCUGAUGCAGAGCUUAGCCAUGAGCGGCAAAGUUGUGGCCACACCGGUGGUCCCGUCCUCCACCCCGAGCCUCCCUCUGCCUCCUCUGCCUCCUCUGCCUCCUCUGCCUCCUCUGGAUCCCAGCUCCAGGUCCUCCUCCUCCUCUGCUGGGGCUGCAGCCCUGGCCGACUCCCCUGGCCUGGAUGGGGAACAGGAUGCCACCACAACCUUCUGCAUGCUCAUUCCCAAGAUGCCCCAGUGGAAGUUCUCCAACUCUCUGCUCAGCCGGAGCCCGUCCAACUCCAGCUCCAGCUCCAGCUCCAGCAAGGACUCGGGGAAGGCAGCAUCAGCUCCUUCCCAGGCCUCCUCUUCUUCAUCCUCCUCACACAGGCCCAGCGGCGUGACCUCAGUCAGCGGGCCGGUGGCCAGCCUCGCAGCAGUGCUUAACUCCUGUGACCCUGUUUGUGUCACCCCAUGUUCCCUACAGGCCAUCCGGGGACAGCGAGCCGUAGCGGCGGCAAGUUCUGCCGGUCCAGGAGGCCACGGAUUUGGGUCUCCGGAGGUCAUGGUGAGCCCUGGUGGUCCCAGCAGCUCCAGAUCAGGGAUGAACCGCAGGACAAGGGGGGAAGGCAUGUGGCUGGGGGGAGAGGACUUCAACCAGAAGGGCAGCUUCAUCCACAAACCCUCUCAAGGCUGGCUGCACCCUGACAAGAAGAUAGCAGGACAAGGAGCCUCUUACAUCGUCAGGUACAUGGGCUGCAUCGAGGUGCUCAAGUCGAUGCGCUCCCUGGACUUCAACACCAGGACUCAGGUGACGAGGGAGGCCAUCAACAGGCUGUGUGAAGCUGUUCCAGGAGGAAAGGGAGCCUGGAGGAAGAAGGCGAUGAACAAAGCUCUGCAGUCCAUCAUGGGGAAGAGCAACCUGCGGUUUGCAGGGAUGAGCAUCGCCGUCAACAUCUCCAUCGAUGGCCUCAGUCUGCUGAUUCCAACCACGCGACAGGUGAUAGCUCAUCAUCCCAUGCAGUCCAUCUCGUUUGCGUCUGGGGGAGACACGGACACACCUGACUAUGUGGCGUAUGUGGCCAAAGACCCGGUGAAUCAGAGAGCGUGUCACAUCCUGGAGUGCUCAGACGGGUUGGCCCAGAGCGUCAUCAGCACCAUCGGACAGGCCUUCGAGCUGCAGUUCAAACAGUAUCUGCACAGUCCUCCUAAAACCAUGGCUUCUAUGGACAGGUCUGCCAGGUCGGAGGAGCCGCUGUGGGGGGAGGACGAGGACUUUUCUGAGCAUGAUUACUACAACAGCAUCCCGGGGAAGGAGCCUCCGGUCGGGGGCGUGGUGGACUCCAGACUCAGGUCCAGUGGAGCCCUGCUGGGUCACAUCCACACUCAGCCACAGAGCAAGACGGCCGCUCAGAUGGGAUCUCCAGCCAGGAGGGAUCAGGCCUCUUACCCCCCGGGGCAGCUGUGUUAUGAGCUUCACUGGGACACUGAGACCAGCUGCAGCUCAGACGGCUAUCUGUGUGCUGAUGGUCAGCCACCAGCCAGUAAGGACUAUGAGGAGCAUCAGUAUGUGAACACCCAGAGUCUGGAAAACCUGGACUCACUCACUCAGGCCUCUGAUGGACACCGAGGACCCAGGGUACCCGACAGUCCCAAGAAGGACCUGUUUGACAUGAGGCCCUUUGAGGACGCUUUAAAGCUCCACGAGGCCUGUGGUGGAGCUGCUGGGUCCAGUAUAUCUGUAGGUUCUGGCGGUGGAGGCGUCCGGGUGCUGGAGGACCAGUGGCCCAGCCCUCCACGACGCAGAGCCCCCGUGGCUCCGAACGAGGAGCAGCUCCGCAGGGAGCCCUGGUACCACAGCCGGAUGAGCCGGCGAGACGCUGAGAAGCUCCUGGUCCGAGACGGAGACUUUCUCGUCCGGGAGAGCACCACCAACCCGGGGCAGUAUGUGCUAACGGGCAUGCACUGUGGUCUGCCCAAACACCUGCUGCUGGUGGACCCUGAGGGAGUGGUCCGGACCAAAGACAUGUUGUUUGAGAGCAUCAGCCACCUCAUCUCGUACCAUCUGAAGAACGAGCUGCCUAUCGUGGCAGCAGAAAGUGAGCUUCAUCUCAAACAGGUGGUGAGGAGGAAGCAGUGAGCUGGCUGGCCCUGCAUGGGACGGUUCCAGAGCUGAACUCUCAUGCCCAUGCAAGCCACAUAAAACUGAAUCUGGAGCUAAUUUUUCUGGAAUGAUCAUUCAUCUGGAGGAAAGAUGUGACUUUCUUUCCACGGACAGUUCAGCGAAGGAGAGGGAGGACCUGACAUCCUCUUCUAACUUUCUUCUGCCUGUUGGCUCCCAGGAUAAACCAAAACAUCCCUCAUCCGUCAUGAACUCCUCAGCAUGCAGCUAUUAAGCUAACGAACCAACCAAAAUCCACAGUUUGUCCUGUGCCACAGCUGGAUAAUUCCCAACCGAGGUCAAAAAUGAAACAGUUUGGAGAGCAGCCAACCUCAGGAAAUCACAAAUGAUCUGAUGCACAGUGAAGAAAUGUCCUCCUGAAAUACUGAAGUGCUUCCAGUCAACUCGUUCAACCAAUAAAGGACAUCGCCGGAACAAAACGGACUCUCUGGCACAUGUUCAGCGGCUCAUUUCAGUCUGACUGGACUGUAAAGACUGUUCACAGAGGAGACACUCUGAACAGCUCAUUAAAGAGCCACGUUCCUCUGUCUGUUUCUCCAGGAUAUCCUAAGCAUCAAAUCUCAUUUAAAAAAACAAAAGACUCCCCCUAUAUCUCCAUGUAGACAGUCCAGUGGACCGGUUUCAUCACAUUUAUCAAUAAUAUCCGUCUUAGUGUCGUGUUGGUGGGGCUGCUCAUGAUUCGGUGAAGUUGUGUGUCGUACAAGCCUGUGAACAUCACUGACGAGACUGUGGUGAAUCCUGGGUUUAGACAGAAAACUAAACAACGUCUGCUUCCAUGUAUGUGGACGCCUGUUUGUCCUCAGCCCUCCAACUUCAGUGCCUUAAUGACUACACUGACCGGCGUUGGUGUCAGAGUGUAUAUAAUGUGCAGUUAUGCUCCUCUUUGCGAAAGACUAGUUUUCUUGCCAUGCCAAUGAACAAAUGAACAAACUUCAGGAUGAUUAAGCUCUUUUACUUGUCAACAGUCACGUAAGCUGCUCUUGUUUUGGGGUAAAUCAUGUUUAACACGUCUCAUCGUGGUCUUGAUUGAUGUCUUCUGCUAGAAUCCCCUUAAAGAACUUUUCUUUAUAAGUCAGCCAUAGGUUAGCCACCCUCUGCAGCGAUCGACCUCAAAGAUGAGAUCUGGACUUGAAAUUAAAUCCUUUUUGUUUGUCCCGGCUCAGGGAAAUGCAUCACUCUAUCGAUUGUCCACGUCUGUGUCUAUACAUUUCAGUGAACUGCUCGUGUGUUUCUGCUCCUUGGAUGAAGUUUCCGUCCCCAUUUUUGCGAAUGUAACAUUUUUAAAACUCGCUUUUCAGAUUGUCGGUUUUUCUUUCCGUCCUUGGCGACGUCUGUGUUGAAUCAGGCCCUCCACUGGUCUCCUCGUGCACAGAGAGGUGAGGAAAACCGUCAGGCGUUUGGUGGAGGCCCAAUGAUCUGAAGCAGUUUUUAUUUUGAGUAGAGCUCCCGUUUGCUUUCUCAGGAAUUUCUUGGAUCUUUACUUCUGUGAUUAACAGUAAUGGCUUUUUGUCAAUAAAAUUAAUAAAAAUAGGGUCAAUUAAAG